ACGUCAUCGAGCGACACUAAGAAUCGGCCAUUUUGUGAGUGUGUACUCCAGAAGGGUGAUAUUUGUGUUGGGUGGGCAGGCCGUUUUUCCACAAUUAAUCCAAAAACCGAUGAUUCAAUUACCCCAAUAACAAAUCAAUCGCCGACACAUAUUCACCUUUAUUACAUGUGCUUGAGUGCUAGGUUAACGAUUAAAUAGUAAAUAGCCCGUGGGAUUACGAUGGAGGAGAAGGCAUCACUCAAGGAGCUUGACCAGUGGAUAGAACAGUUAAAUGACUGCAAACAACUGACAGAAAGUCAAGUGAAAACUCUCUGCGACAAGGCCAAGGAGAUACUCGCUAAGGAGUCUAAUGUCCAGGAGGUCAAAUGCCCAGUAACCGUGUGCGGUGAUGUUCAUGGACAGUUCCAUGAUCUCAUGGAGCUGUUUCGAAUAGGUGGCAAAUCACCAGAUACAAACUACCUGUUUAUGGGGGAUUACGUCGAUCGUGGAUAUUACUCUGUCGAGACUGUCACUCUCCUUGUUGCAUUAAAAGUGAGGUACCGAGAAAGAAUAACUAUUCUCCGUGGCAAUCACGAGUCAAGGCAAAUCACACAAGUCUACGGUUUUUACGAUGAGUGUCUACGUAAAUAUGGUAACGCUAAUGUGUGGAAAUUUUUUACCGAUUUAUUUGAUUACCUGCCCUUGACUGCGCUGGUCGACGGUCAAAUAUUCUGUUUGCACGGUGGUCUAUCACCCUCUAUCGAUACUCUCGAUCACAUUCGUGCACUAGAUCGUCUUCAAGAAGUGCCACACGAGGGACCAAUGUGCGACCUAUUAUGGUCAGAUCCUGACGACAGAGGAGGAUGGGGUAUCUCACCACGUGGAGCAGGAUACACAUUUGGCCAAGAUAUAUCUGAAACAUUUAAUCAUUCUAAUGGUCUGACUCUUGUGUCAAGGGCUCACCAGCUCGUCAUGGAGGGCUACAACUGGUGUCACGAUCGCAAUGUCGUUACAAUAUUCUCAGCCCCUAAUUACUGCUAUCGCUGCGGUAAUCAGGCUGCAAUUAUGGAGCUGGAUGAUGCUUUGAAAUAUUCAUUCCUUCAGUUCGAUCCAGCCCCAAGACGUGGGGAGCCACACGUAACCAGACGGACGCCUGACUAUUUCCUGUAAGAAGGUUCAACCCCUUGGAGGAUAGAUUUUUAAGCAGGAUUCAUCAUGGCUAAUUGCAUUCGUCUCCUGGUGACGUCUAGUGGAUAGGAGAAGCUUUGUGCAACAGCUCCUGCGAUACCCCCACAGAGUAAUUUCGCUGGCAAUGUUAAUACAAGGCCACCUGAUUCAAUAUAAUUGUAUCAUUAAUCAUUAUUCGAUUUGUAAUGCACAAGUAUUCCUUCAGCACCCAGAAAAAUCCAUCACUUCCAUCAGAUAUAUUUUAUUUCACCCCAAAACGAAAACCCAUUUAACAUCUCACCACCCCGAUAACAAUAUUUAAUUGUUAUUAAUAUAUAACGAUCAAAACAAAAUAAAUAAUCUAUCUUUGAAUUUAAGUUCGCUUAAAUAUGGAUUAAUCUCGAAAACUACUGGUUCUAGGUGAAAAUGUGAAAAGACGUUUUUUCUUGACAAUCUAAUCAACUAUAAAAAAGUCCUCUGGUGUUUUAUUCUAAAACGUCUAGUUUUUUAAAUAAAUGGAUAAAUCGGUGAUUGAAUAAUGAAAUGUCGAUUUGUCUCGUUUAAUCGAUUAUUCUGAAACAAUCGAUUGAAUAAAUUUUUUUUUGAAAAUUCAAGUGAUCUAUUUUUCUGGGUCCAUUACUAUUAUUUCUUUACUAUUAAUUUUAUUACAGUAGAUAUUGAUUUGAAUGAACGUAUGGAGAUUGUCUACUUGUACUUGAAUUUAAUCGUGAAAUCUCUUGUCACUCAUUUUUUUCAUUCAUUGUAUCAUCUUAUGCUAAUUGAAUACGUAUGUAAUAAAAAAAAUAUAUAUAAA